GUGGAACCCCAACACGGACCACCCGAACAACAUGGAGGGCAAGUACGUGGCAUUUUUGAGCGAGACCGACCAGCACCUGCAUAAGCUCAGCAGGGUGGUGGAUGCAAGCCCCAUUGAAGUUGCCAGCGGUGCAUUCGGUCAGCGCCCAGAGGACAUCAGACUACGUGUGCCAAUCCAAAGGCCACACCGGCUUUUCUGGAAAGGCCGCAGACUGCACUCUGUGAUUGCGGUGAUCCCGAAUUCCACCUACCCGGGCGACAGUUACCGUACAGUGAUAGUUGACCUCCGGGGCAUUGGUGGCUGGAUCCAAUGGGUGGCCAUCAGAGGAGAACACUUUGACAUUGGGGCGUACCUCGAAGACAUCCAGGUCGAGUACGUCCAGGAUUACUCCCUUGUAGUCCAGGGAGGAAGGAGAGACAGGGGACCAACGAUCCUCAAAGUCGCCGACGGAGAGUUGCUGGAAGUUUCCUUGCGAAGAACGGCUGAGCUGACGCCGUCAGAGGGCGAGCAAGAAGAGGAUGAUGGGUCGGAUGACGACUCAUCCAGCGGGUCGAGAGGAGCGCUCCCUGGAUCUUCUGAGUUCUCACGUGGAAGCCCCCCAAGGGGCCCAGGUCCGUUUGGACCGCCCCCUCCAGUACCUGUCAACCGGCCAAGGAGCCGGAGUCCGAGAAGGAGCCCAGAGCGCACACCUGAGAUGGGAGACAGACAGCUCCUGCUCGCGGACAGACUCCCUGGUGUCAGCUAUGACCUGCAGGAGGAGCUGCUGGAGCUCCCUCAUGAUGUGAGAAGGAUUGGGCAGACCUUCCACAUAUGGCCGCCGGACUGGCUCAGCGUUGACGUUAGCCUGUUGCAGUUGCGCCAGGAGACCAAGGAGGCCAUGAAGAGCCUGGUUCAUUGGACUCAAGUACUGCUGGCAGGCGGACGGGAGGGCGCACUUGAGGCGGAGCUGUAUGUAGAUGGAUCCUACUUCAGCAAGAAAACAAAGAGUGGCUACGCGGUGGCCAUCUUCCUACGAUGCUCGGGGUUGCUAGCCUUGUUUGGUAUGGUGGGCGGACCUAUACUGGGCGGAGGCGAGACCCUUUGGGGAGAAGAUACCCGGGCACCGGCACUCAUGGCCGAACAGGUGGCAGUGGCAGUGGCGCUUCUUUGGAUUGGGCAGAGUGCUCAACACAUCCAACUUAGCCACGCCAGAGUACUGUUCGACUGCUGCGCUGCAGGCCUCGGUGCGAGUGGUGAAUGGAGUGGCCAGGAUGAAUUCACAGUCCGCCUACGCAACCUGGAGCGCUAUGUACGUGGUACUAUCCACCAGUUCACCCACAUCCGGGCUCAUCAAGGACAGGAAUGGAAUGAGCUAGUGGAUGUCGCCGCGAAGGCGGCCGCGCUGGGUACAGGUGACCUUGCCCCCCCCAUCGUCCAACUGUGCGGCAUUUAUGUCCUUGAACAUGGACUGGAUGGCGGCGAUAGCGACUUGGGGACCAAAGGACGUCAUCAGACAGAGAGCGGGCAAGGCAUGAAGGGCAAGCACAAAUACCUCGACGAGCAGUUCAACGACAGCGACUACCAGAUCCUGUUUUUCCAGGAGACAAAGGACAAGGGUGGUGUUGUUGAAAGCGGCAACUACUUACGUAUGGCCACUAGUGCGGCCAAGCAUUGGGGAGUUGCGAUUUGGAUCCACAGAAAACAGGGGCUCAUGACAAUCGGGGACAAAGCCCUUUGCGUGGAUGAAAGUGAUGUCAAGAUCUGCAAACAGGGCCCCCGAAUCUUGGUUGUUGAGGUCAAUAAGUGCGGGCUCAGGUGCAUUCUGAUCUCUGCCCACAUCCCCCAUGCAACAAAGAAGGUGGAACGUGUUGAAUUCCUUUGUGAACUGCAUCAAUGUCUACGAGCAGCCGGAAAGGCAGACAUUGUCAUUGGGGGCAUCGACUCCAACAGCAGACCCCCAACGGGAUUCGCUCAGGUUACUGGCCUGUUGGAGUUUGGAGAAAGUGACCCAGAAGGAGAGCAGUUUACUACGAUGCUAGACGCAUGCAAUCUCUGGCUUCCGGCCACGUACAGAGAGCUGCACCCAGGAAGCAGUGCGACCUUCCGACAUCCCACCAGCAACCUUCAUCGCAUAGACUUUCUCGCACUGGGAGGGAGAACACACCCAGAUGGGAUUCGCAGCUUUGUCGAUGAGGCGAUUGAUGUCGGCUCAGUAAGGGAUGACCACUUUGUGGUGGGACUUGACCUGGGCGGAUGGAUGGGUCUCAGAGAAGGGAGCCGCAAGCUCAACAGGCCAAAGUACGACCGUGCGAAGAUGAUGACGUCGGAAGGGCGUGAGAUCUUGAGAAGGGCGUAUGAGGCUUAUCAAGCCUUGCCCUGGUGGGAGCACAUCGACAACCAGUACAAGCACUUCCAGGACUACGUGCAGCAAGUGCUUGCCGACUAUUUCCCACCACCAAGGGUCCACCGAACGUCAUAUGUUCCGGACAAGGUCUGGGUUUGGAGGGCUCAGAAGCUGAGCCUGAAGAAGCGAACCAAGGACCGAAAGACAGUGUGGGAGCGUGCCCUACAUGCUGCACUGCUGCAAUGGCGACAUGGGAUUGCAGGACUGCUUGACAUGGUCACCAGAAAAGACGGCCUGCUGUAUCAGCUUGCUGCUAGUGCCAUCACCUUCAAGACGCACCAGAUCAAGAAGGAGAUAUACAAGGGCAAAGCGAGCUUCUUGCAGGAUGUUGUCAGAGAGGGCCCCCAGAGUGCCGCGGGCAUCUUGCAGCGAGUGAAGAAGUUUGGUGUCGGUGGCCGUCAAAACAGUAGGGGCGACAGGCCGCUUCCUCUCCUCCUUGACACCAAUGGUGAGGCAGCGUCCAGCCAGGCGGACUACGACAAGAUUUGGCUGAAGCACUUUGGGAAGCAGGAGUAUGGCACAGUCAUGCCGACCGCUGCCUUCAAACAGCCUGAUGUAGCCGAUCACUUUGGUGCUGGUGUUACGUGGUGCCCGGCCGACCUGCCUACAGUCCAAGAGUUGGAAACGAUUUUGAGAACGAUUCCAAAGAACAAAGCAGUUGGCUUGGAUUGCAUACCUGGUGAGGCCCUCAGGGCCUCGCCGGCAGCUGCAGCUAUGGCUUUGUUCCCGACUGUCCUGCGUGCUGCGCUGGGUUUUACCCAGCCACUACAGUGGAGGGGUGGGGUGAUAUUCACGGCCUGGAAGAAGUCUGGGGCAAUCUCAUGUUUCGUGGCUGCAAAAAAACACCAUCGCUCCAUUGGAGCGAUAUUCCUGGACACAACGGCUGCUUAUUACCGGGUGCUGAGAGAAGCAAUGGUUGGCGACAUUUGCUACGACGAGACCAUCGCAUGGCUCAUGAAGCGGUUCAACAUGGGUCCGGAAGAAAUGGCUGGGCUUUGGGCCACCAUCAAUGCAGGUGGGAUCGUCAACGAGACUGGCAUGCCAGAAGCACUACAGGCCCAGCUGAAGGACGUGCACCACAGAACAUGGUGUGUCUCAAGGCACACCGACGGGACGCGAGUGGUGGUCACCAAGGCUGGCAGUCGCCCCGGAGAGUCCCUAGCGGACGCUGUCUUCUCAUAUAUUUACACUCGUGUGUUAGGUAAAAUAUGGGAGACGGCAUGUGGGGAGGACUUACUGAGUGCCGAGUGUGCGGAUCUUUCGGAAGGACUGUUUGCCCCCCCAAAGACUGGUUUGGAAACGUCCAUUCGAGACGUAACGUGGGCCGACGAUACGGCGAUGAUGUUCGAUGACGAGGUGCCUGACCGUUGUAUACGCACGGGAAAACGCUUGGCAUCCCUUACCAUCUCCAUCUGUGAGGAUUACGGCCUCCAGCCGAACCUCAAAGUUGGAAAAACCACGAUGGUUCUGGCCCUUACGGGCAAAGGGGUUCAGAAGGCCAGGAGGACCCACUUUGACGGAGACAGGCGAUCUCUGCCCCUGGCGGACCUACAGGCGGCAGUCCCGGUGGCGUCGCAAUAUACGCACCUUGGAGGAGUUUUGGAUCGCCGAAUGGAGAUGAAACCGGAAAUGAGGAGGAGACUUGUUAUCGCCACCUCAUCGCUGGAGGCGGGAAACAAGCUCAUCUUCUCCAAUGCCACGAUCCCCCUCAACAUCCGCACCCAGAUGUUUGAGACGGCUAUCCUGUCAACAUUUCACAACAUUGCCCUCUGGAUACCAGCAGGACCAGCAUGGCGUUCCUUGUGCGGAGGAUACACACGACUUCUCCGCCGUCUGCUUGGUACGCGCUACAAGGGAGAUCGGCUGUUUGACGUGCCAGCUCCCUUUGUGCACAUUGCGACACGCAGCUGGAGCCUCGAAUUACAGGCGACCAAGAGCCGCCUCGGGGCCCUUACAGCGAUGGUUCGAAGUGCGCCGGUCCCACUCUGGGCUGUACUCCAACGAGAACAGCAAUGGUUUACAGUGGUGAGCAAGGACCUGGCGUUGAUCAAACACAGGCAAUAUUGGAACAUGGAGAGGCUCAGUACGCACCUACGCGAUUCAGCCAAGUGUGUCUCCUGGCUCCGGACACAUGGCAGAGUUGCGGCGGGGGUGAUGCCGGGCAAAGGGAGCAAGGAAUUCCGAAGGCGGAGUAUGGAGGAGUUCAACCUUGCACCGACGCAACAGGUGCAUCUUCCCAACCCGGCCGGCGAGGCUGAGAUUUGGGUUGAUGAGCAACGGCAAGCCUACCGUGCCAUUUGCGAGGGCCUAACGGAUCGGGCCCGAUGGCAUGGGAUCCAGGAGAUCCGGGACUUCAUCAUGGACAGCCUGGCGGAGUUCCCAUUGUACUUUCACGAGGAGAAGAUUGUGGUUGGGCAGCUGGCGAUGGAUGCUGCCCUACUUUGGCAUGACGACCCGGAAGGACAAUGGGACAGCGAUACUUCGCACCUCAUGAUGAUUGCUCUGGACCAGGAAGAGCAAUGGCACAAGCCCUACGUGGAGGCUACCCAUGUCACUGCGGAGGCGGAGUGCUCUUUGUGGCAAUUCAUGUCCAGUGAUGCUUCUAUCGACUGGAAUGGUUUGCUUCGAGAGAAUUGGAACAGAUGCGGGACCCCUGAACGUGCUCGUGUGAAGCUGGGCUCUGAUUGGGAAGCUUCGGAAGUAGAGAUCAGCAGAGCAUGGACGGCCGAAGCCGCGUUUGAUGAUCUAAUGUGUUUUGUUCCGGAAAAGGUGAAGGAGCUAUGGCAGGGCGUGCUGAAAGGAGCAGUUGCCCAGAUCGACGCCCCACCUGAUUUCUGGAGGAGCCCGUACGGACCAAUUUUCGAGGGUCUGCGGGAGACUGCAAGUAAUUAG